AUGCAACAACACACCCGUAUCCAAAAAUCCGCAAAAACCAGAAAGGUCUACGUCCUAUUUUACGAGGAUGACUCCUGCUUCUCCAACUUUCAUCCAGCGGAUUUCGAGGCAGAAACCGUCAAAAAAUUGGUAAACCCGGAGAUGUUUAAGGAGGAGGAGACGCUCAAAUUCAAUUGCAGUGAGCAGUAUUUUAUGUACCAUAAGGCGCUGAUCGUUGGUGACAAGAAAGCAGCCGAGUUCAUCCAUAACUGCAAACACCCGAUGCCUAUGAAAAUGGCUGGAAGGAAGUUAAACAUGAACCGAAAUGACAUCGAUAAAUGGUCCGAGAAGUCUCGUGAGGUCAUGUAUUACGCCUGCCUGGCCAAGUUCUCCCAGAAUUUGGAGCUCCGAAAACUUCUGUUCCGUACCAAAGACAUGAUUCUUGUGGAGGCAUCCGGAAACGAUGCGAUUUGGGGAAUCGGAAUCUGGAAGGAAGACCCACGAGCACAAAAUGAAGAAUCGUGGCAUGGCACCAAUUGGCUCGGCGAGAUUUUGGAUCGAAUUCGAGAGGAGCUCUGGGAAAAAGCGGAAUUUCAGACGGAGCGAAAGGAGAUUGAGAAGGAGACUGUGGAGACACGCAUCAUGUUUUUGGAGGCGUUGAAGAAUAUCUAG